UUCAACGCAAAAAAGGCAACCGAGUCAAAGCAGGACCAAAUCGUGGAGGGCGCGGUCAGCUCCUCUUCUCGCGCGGGAAGGCGGGGAAGAGUGAGGGAUUGGCGCCACGAUUCGCCGGCGCCUCCUCUUCUCGCGCGCUUCGCUGGCGGCCCCCGCUCUCCGCCGCGCCAACCCGUCGAGCGCCGCCGCCGAGGAGCGCCGCCCGGCAACCAGCGUCGUCCGCCGCGCCAACCCGUCGAGCGCCGCCGCGGGAACCAGGGACGAGCGCCGGCCGCCGCGGGAACCAAGGGACGAGCGCCUGACGACCCAAGGACGAGCGCCGGCCGCCGCGGUAGCCAAGGGAGGAGCGCCGGCCGCCGCGGUAGCGCGCCUGACGGAAGAGCGCCCGACGCUUCACGGAAUUGAGUGUUGUGCGAUGGGAUCGAUUGGCAACAGGAUACCCGAAGUUGGUAUGCGGUUCAGAAAUUCGGAUGAGGCUUGGGAUUUCUGGGUGCAAUAUGGUGGUCACAUAGGCUUUGAUGUGAGGAAAAGAAAUACCAUCAAAAGCAGAACUGAUGGAACAAUCACUUCAUGUAGGUUUGUUUGUUCAAAUGAAGGUUUUCGAAGGAAAAGUCAACUAGAUCAUGAGCCGAAGCGCAUUAGAGCUGAAACAAGAACCAAUUGUAAAGUUCGGAUGAUUGUUUCAUUUGAUCGAGUGGCCAAAUUUUUUGAAGUCACCGAAGUUGAUUUGGAACACAAUCACCUCCUUCAAUUGCCGCAAACCUGUUACUUGUUGGCAUCACAAAGGAAGAUUUCAGAUGUGCAAGCUUUAGAGAUAGAAACAGCCGAUGAUUCUGGAAUUAUGCCAAAAGCUUCACAUGAGUUUGCAUGUCGUCUAGCUGGUGGGAAGUUCAAUGUUGGUUACACUUUGACUGACCAGAAGAAUCAUCUGCGAACCAAGCGGCAGCGGGAGAUGGCUUAUGGACAGGCCGGUAGUAUGUUGAAGUUCUUUCGUGACAAGAUAGGUGAGAAUCCAUCAUUCCAAUAUCAUUUGCAGUUGGAUUGUGAGGAGCAUAUAGCCAACAUAUUCUGGGCUGAUGCUAAAAUGCUACUUGACUAUGCACACUUUGGUGAUGUUGUCACUUUUGACACUACAUUUGGCACGAACAAAGAGUAUAGGCCAUUUGGUAUUUUUCUUGGGCUCAAUCAGUUUAGAGAAACAACCAUUUUUGGUGCUGCACUGAUGUUUGAUGAAACACGCGACUCAUUUAUAUGGCUCUUUGAGACAUUUCUAGCCGCACACAAUGGAAGGCAGCCUAGAACUAUCUAUACCGAUCAAGAUGCAGCAAUGGGAGGAGCCAUAGAGAAGGUCUUCACAGAAUCAUAUCAUGGACUGUGUACAUUUCAUAUCAUGCAAAAUGCUAUCAAACAUUUAACUCAAGUGGGAGUGGAGGAUGAAGUGGAGGAUGAAGUGGAGGAUGAAGAAAAAGAGCCUCAUAUUCUCACAGAUUUUGGUGCUUGUAUGUAUGGAUAUGAGGACAAGGCGGCAUUUGAAGAAGCGUUUGACAAUAUGAGGCUCAAAGUGCAUAAGCAAACUUGGUUAGAUAGCAUCUACAAGGUGAAAGAAAAAUGGGCAGAAUGUUAUAUGAGAGAUGUCUUUAGCUUGGGAGUGAGAAGUACACAAUUAAGUGAGAGCUUCAACAAUUCGUUGAAAAAUCAUUUGAAAUCAGAUUUUCAUAUUCUUCGGUUCUUGAUGCAUUUUGAGAGGACGGUGGAAGUAAAAAGAACAAAGGAAUUGCAAUCUGAAUUCAAUGCAAGAAAAUAUAUACCAAGAAUUAAGAUGUUCACUCCUAUGUUGGUGGAAGCAAGCAAAGUGUACACUUCGAUUAUAUUUGAAGCUUUCCAAGGUGAGUAUGAAAGAUCAACGGCUGCAUGUUGUAGAGUAUUGGAUGGAAAUAACAGAUUUUCCGUUGCUAUUGCGAGUUUGCAUGGUGAUUUAGAGUUUGAGGAGGAGCGCAUAGUGAUAGGUGUUCAGAAUCUAAAUACUGAUGAAUGGCAUGUCUAAAUUUCUUAUGAAUAUGAAUGAAAACAGUAUAUUUGACUGUUGUUUGUACUGUUUCCGGACUAAAAGGCUGAUGUUUAUAUUUUGUAUUGUUCAAAACUGAAUUUCUUGUGAAUCUGGGUGCAAACAGUAUUUUUGACUGUUGCUUGCACUGUUU